CACAACGAAUUGACCCUGUCGAUAGAACCAAAAAACUGCAACGAAUUGCAUCCCGAAGGAACGGUACAGCAGAAUUCAAGGCCAGCAUGUUGAAUUCAUUGUCUCCCCCUCCCGAAUCGUUCUUUGUCUUUGUGGUCGGCCAUUGCGAAGGUAAGUUUGAACUUCAAUGGAGUGGCUUUGCCUCUUCGAAAACAACGUAGGGAGUUUAUUAGCUGUUCGCCGCAAAUGAAUCCCUGAUUUCGUGUUUCGGAAUGGACUUUGUUUUUGUUCCCUAUUCACAGAAUGGCCCGAGGGCCGUGCAGAACAAGGCGACACAGCAAUCUACACUGAAUACCUCGAUUUUGGCGUUCCAGCGGACCAGUGCAUGUACCUGAAGGAUAAUGACUGCACGAGGAAAAAUUGCCAGGACCAGCUGGACAUCUUUUUGAGGAAGCACCGACCGGGGGGGGCGGAAGAACCAAAAGACCAUCUUCGCAACAGCAAGGGCGAUGGGCGAGACAGAGACGUCGAAACAGAAAGACAGAAGGCCCCCGACACCUUGGUUUUUUAUUACGGAGGACAUGGAUCUGCCCACGGAUUUGCAACGAUUGGGGGAACCUGGCCAUACGAACAGGUAGCGAAGACGAUUCAAGAAUGCUUUCACGGAGACCGGGUCUUGUUCCUGAUCGAUUGCUGCGCUUCUGGAAAUCUCUGGAGGCACAUUCCGACGGCAUCAGGAUCCGAUGGCGGACGGGAUACAGCCCGCAAUUCUACUGUCAGCAAAUCCUUCCACAAGACGAAGGAAUAUGCUCUUUUUGCGACCAGCCAGCCCUACAUCGCCGCCACUGCGGACGGAGAGGAAUGGAUUCUGACGAAUUCGUGGAUUCAAUUGAUGCGGGACCGCCCGACUAUGAACAACGGCAGCGAACAAAACACCGAUGUCUCUCUGGAACGAAUGAUAUCGAUCCUGGCCGAUCGCAACGUGUUCGAAACCGGUGAUUUGCUGUAUGCGUACCUAUCCGGACGGAUGCCAUCGUCAUUAGGGAAAAAUCGAGACGAUAGCAUCGACGAGAAGAGCUUGGCCGAUUGGAGCUGGAUGCCGGCGAAGUCUCGGUGGAGUCCAAAACCUCAUGGCAUUGUCAUGGAUGAAAGUGAUAAGGAAAAAACACCACCUUCGACGGCAUUGCCAUCAACACCGCUGGCAUGGCUGCCUUCUUCCGAGUCGUUGGCUCUAGUUGCUUCCGACGACUUGUGCUGUCCGAUUCCGAAAGAAGCCGCGAUGCUGCCCCUUUACGAUUGUCGAGUGGGCGAUCCCGUUGCAUACAAGCAUCCCGGUGGCUAUCCGAGGUCGGUAAAAAAACAACAACAGACUCUCCCCUUCUAUGUACCACCCCUGUGGUUGCAUGGUAGGAUUGUCUCUAUCUUCGAAACAGAAACAAASCGAGAAGUAGACGCUACAGAACGCAGCGAUGUAUACUUCCGCAUUCGUGUGUGGUAUCCGUCCCAACAAGAGUCGUGGGAUGUAGAGGUACCCCAUAAUAGUCAUCGGUUGAUUAAUCAGUUUUUUGUUGUACAAAACUGGAUGUUGCCGAGGGCAUUUUGCAAAACGCAGGUGGUAAUGGCACAGAAGUACCGACAAUAUCUCGAUUGUUCCAUGGCCACCAAUACACCGGUUUGGGUACGAGCAACUUGUGAAUCGUCAGUAGGUGGUGACAAUGUCGACAAUAUUCGCGUUGGACGAGUUAUUGAUUGGAAAGAUUUCAACUGGAAGAACAUUUUAUACUUUCACAAAUAUUCAGAUUCGGGGAAASUGAUUUUCCCGGGAAAGACAAGAUACGACGACUACUACUGGGACGAGCUUCCUCUUUCCAUCAAGGCCGCCGCCCUGGCCUUGGGGUAUACGAAAACCCAUUGGGACGAGGACAUUGAGAUUCCGGCGGAUGGCAUGGAUUGGGGAGAACUCAGCGAAGCCCAAAAAGGUGCAGCCGGAGUACUAGGUUACGUUCGACAGAAACCAGUGGCGGGCGGUGGUUCUUUGAGUGGCUCGAAUGGCGAUGAGGGAGUAUCCUUUUCUCAAAGGCUAUGUGAAAUCAGCAAGAGCGCCGGACCACACGUUCCAGUAGAAUGGAAUGAUAAUCACCAGUCUUCUUUGGUGCCUCUGCAACAAAUCAUCUUUGCCGGAACGAACAGAAUUCCCAUCGAUGAUCUCGUGUCGGAGAGUGCCAUUAAGUUGGCGACAAAGAAUUCGAAUUAUUCUUUGACAGCGACGGAUGGUCCUUCGAACGAAAACGACGAAUUGCACGAGUUGCAGAUGCUCAGCCUCUUAGAAGCUUUAACAUCUAGUGGAAAAGCGAUCGGGGACGCCGAGUCUUUUCUGGGYACCAAAGAGCUGAGUGCGUUCUGGCCUGAAUGUGAGAAGUUUUUUGAUGCCGAGCCGAUCGAUGUUGCGUUCGACAAAGACAUCAUUGGGGCGUCCUUGGAUCUAUUGGCAACUCAUUUCGACUAUAUGUUUCCCGGAGUUUAUUGUCCGAUCAUCUAUGAGGACGGCGUGAGGCAUCUCGUCCCCUUGAGUCAUAUUUACCGAAGAGGCUGCCAGCCGCAACUGCACGGGGACGAGGACGAGGACGAAGACGAGAAGUCCCCCGUAGACAUGGAAGACGGAUCGUCCACAAAAKAAACGUCCACAGUCUUAGUUCCGACAAAGGAUGCCAUGGACGAAACAAAAAGGAAGCUCCGUGAUGUUGUUGUUGAGGUAUCUUCCUUUGGUGAACAAUUUUCGGAAGUCGCAUCCAAACUCGAGGAUGCCUCUGGGUCGCUCCGGGUUUUGAUCGACCAAUCCUCAGAGAGACAAGCACCGGACCGGCCCCUUGCAACCGCAACCGCGGCCGCUCCCGAUAUGGCUGCGGAUGCCUCGCAGAACGUCCCGCGCGAGCUUUCUGCUGCCAGCAGGUCCUACGUGGACGAGUACUGGGGCGAUCUCCCCGAGCACGUCCGGAGGGCGGCUCUGCGUGUCGGAUACACCGGGGAACUCUGGGACUCGGACGGGAGCAUACCGCUUGAUAGUGUGCAGUGGAACGAUCUGAGUGGGGACCAGAGAGAGGCACUGGUAACCAUCGGCUACAACGAGGCCAAAUGGAAUGCCGAGGACGAUUCCGAAUCGGAGGAGGACGACGACUCUWGUUCAUCGUCUUCUUGUUCAUCGGAAGACUAUUAAUGGCARUUGAUGGGUGGAUUGGGUAGACCUGGAGAAGAAUUGGAACCUUUUCUUUCAUCACAACAUGCUUUUUGAGCAAGAAAACAGGGUAUUAGAACCUUGCGCUUGGUUUUUCCUUUUCGAAAAUAGAUUUCCCUCCACUGAACUCGUCCUCUGCGAAGCUGGACACCAGGAACAGAACACCAGGAAUGUCAAUGGUAUUGAUCCGUUGUAACGCCAUGACAAAUUGCACACCACUGUUGUCAUAAUUACAGUAAAAUAGAAUGUAUUAUAACAC